AUGACCGGACUUUCUCCCCAGCCAACUUCUCCAACGGAGUGGGAAAGCUAUGCCACCUCGGACGCAGUGCAAAGCAUACCUUUGCGAGAGGCUGAAACCGUGGAUGAGAAUGCAAAAACUGCAACUUUUCGAGGGGUCUUUCUCGAGGCCUCGACAGUUCUCCCUUCUUCUAUGAGCAGAGUCAAUGUUUUGGCAGAUGUUGUCGCUUUCAAAGAAGAAAGCUCCACCAUCUCGCCAGCCAGAAAUGGUACGGUCCAAAUCAAGGCUAGGGUUCUUACCGCUGCUACGCCAGUGAAGAUCGUGAUUCCUUCAGAUGCGUCAGGGGUAGUGGCAAUCUAUGCCGCCAUUGUCGAUCAGCCCAUUGCUGUUUAUCUAGGUGACUCUAAAGAGCUGGUUCUGGACCUUGGUCGUGAGUCAGAGUAUGUUGGGAUUGUUUUGGAUUUCGAUGGAGGCGUCUUGGAAUAUGACUAUGAGAAAAUAUAUCCGUCAGACUGGAGUGAAAACCUUCGGGCGAGCCUAAACACGCAGCUACGCAUUGCUCUCGUUGAGUUUUGGAGAAACACUUCGAUUGCAAUCUCAUUAUGUGCGUAUGUCGCGGCGCUGACGAAGAAGAGCCCUGAAUUCUCCCUGCUCAAUACACAGGCCGUGGCGCUCGGUCAGCAACUCGCGGGACAGGUCAUAGAGGGCCCUGAGAUGAAAUAUGCACCUGUUUUGGUUCCCAGUCGAUACGAGAUUACGGCACGAGCUAUUAUUGACGCCGCAGCUGCGUUCCAGGAGCAGUAUGAACGAUUUGAGGAUAAGGAGGAGUCGUUGGAGAAUCAUAUCAAGGCUUGGCAAACUAUGCUAUCUCAAGCUACCGGGGUAAGUGAGAUGCACAAAACCCAGCGCGACAUAGCGAUGGCCAAAUACAAGAAUGCACAAGAAACUACCGAGCACUGCUUGAGGCAGUUCAAGAAUGAGGGCGAUGCCUUAGUAUUGGUGCAAUAUCAGUUUGAACAAGGCCUCGAGAUGUGGGUAAUUGAGCAAAAGUUUCAGGCGGCGCUACAGAUUGUCACCGCAGUCUUUUCCUUUGCUGUCAGUAUCGGAACACUCGUCAUGGGCAACCCUGGUGGAGGCUCCGGGGCAGCAGAUGCUGCAGGGCGGGCAGUCAAAGCCGUGCAAGAUGCAGAGAGAAUUUCCGACCAAGUGGGCAAGAUCCUAUCAUCCAAUACCUUAAAGAAGCUGGCGGAUGCUAUCAAUGCUCUGAGCAAUCUGAUUCCUUUGGUGCUUAUAAUCGUUGACGCAGUCGAGAAAUUUGAGAUGGACAAUACCAUUGAAAUCCCUUCUACAGACGAUAUUUCAGGCUCAAAGAUAGGGAAUGCUGAUGCAACUACCAUUGUCACACUAGCUGCUUGGGAUAAAUGGAUUUUAGAUGUUGACCAACAGAUUGCGUUUGCCGUUGAGAAUAAUAUUGACGGCGCCAGUGACUAUCAGCUGGCCCUGCGCAAGCAUGGUAUUAAUGGGAAACAGCUGGCUCAAGCACAAGCGGAGACUAUCAAGGCCGGAUAUGAGUAUGUCCAAGCCCAAAUGGAGGUGAUUGUAAGUCAAAAACAAAUCGAAGAACUUCAAGCAUUGCUAGAGGAUUACGAAGGGCAAGAGGAACGGUAUCUUCAAGCCAAAACCAUAUUUUAUGACCGUGCUAUGGCCUUGAGAACCAGCAUCGUGAUUGUGCUUCGUGAUAUGGCUUGGGCAUAUCGCUACUGGGCUCUCGCUGAGAGCUCAAUUAGAUUGGAUGCUCAUAAGCCCCUUGCAGACUAUAGAUCAGAUCUUGCCACCAUUCUCACCGAAGUGGACAAUGUGGACUCGCAAUGGGCCAGUGAUUUCCAACCAUUCGAAUACCCUGAGCAUUCGGAAUCACUGCCCGCAGAUUACGGCCCAUCACUAACGGCCGGCCUUCUCGGCGGCGAGCACACCGGCAGCUUUACCCUUCUUCCGGAAGGUGAUUUAGCGAAUGUCUUCUCUGAAGGAUCACAUUAUCGACUGAACGGCUUGGAUGCUACUCUGGACGGUGCACUUCCAAACUCUGACUCGGCACAUGAUGGCAAAGUAUGGCUGAAACUACAGAUCACCACAUCCGGUAUCUAUGCAGACAUCAAGGAGGAUGGACGUGUCUUAUACUUCAGAAGCCUUCCACAGGUUCGGCGAUGCUCGUAUGACCUUGACAUGAACGGAAACCGACUCAACACUCGCGAUGAUCCUUCAUUUGAAACGAAAGAUCACGCCGAGCCCACUCCAUUUACCCAGUGGAAGAUCAAGGUGCUGAACCCGGAAGACUUGAAUCUGGAAGGGUUGAAGGGGGUGAAGCUUUUAUGGGAGGGACGUGUUCGAUAUGAUGAGGUACACCGUCGCAGACAACAAGUAGAAGAACUGGAGUGA